GAAGAACAAAUUGAGUAGCUGAAUUUAGUCCUGUAGAUGAAGCCACAGUUUGAGAAACAAAAUGUGAGUGAAUUUUGAAGAUUUCUGAGGGAUUUAUCGUAACCAAAGCUGCUGACAGAAGACAGGAAAUGAUGGGGGAGAUGAGUGGAGGGCAGACAGACGGCAUGACAGAGGAGAAAUGUCCCCAGCUGGUGGACUACUUUGUAGUGGCAGGUCUCGACCCUGCGGGGCCCUGGAGGCCCCUGGACGAGGAUGGGAAGACCUCCAUGUCCUCGUCGUCAUCCUCCUCGUCCUCCUCAUCUUCGGCGGGCCGAGCGGUGGAGCCGAUCACCGACCUGGCAGUGAUCGCCCGGGGGCUCGGCGAGGAAGUACCGGAAGGCUUCACCUGCAUCGAGAGGACUCUGGGCGGGCAUUCGGCAGAGCUGAGCGCAGGACUCAUCAACAACCCCCACCUGUACCUGUGCUACAGGAGGGGCCGCGACAAGCCACCCAUCCUGGACCUGGGGGUUCUGUAUGAAGGGAAGGAGACUCUGAAGCAGGGCUGGUAUGUCAUCGAGACCACCCCCUACAGCCGCUCAGCCAGCCUGAGCUCGGGGGGCGGACCCACGGCUCACAGGGUCUUCCUGACCUACAGACGGGCUCUGGACUCUCAAGGUCUCCACACGCUGGGGGUCACAGACAUCGCACUGCUGCUGCCCAGUAAAGCAGAGGUGGCACCACACACCUUCUGCAGAGUGGACAAGAACCUCAACACCGGCAUGUGGGGUCCGGCUCUGUAUGUCUGCUAUAAAAGAGCCGUGGCCAAGGCCAAUGCUCUGGUGUACGAGGCCAGUCUCAUCAGUCGGUACCCAGAGGACGACCUGGAGGCGUUUCCUCUUCCGGAGUCGGUGCCAGUGUUCUGUCUGCCGAUGGGUGUCACUGUGGAGAGUUGGCCUCUGAACACCAAGUAUCAGCUACCCGUCUUCUCCACGUUUGUCCUCACCUCCGCCUCUGGGGACAAGGUUUACGGAGCGGCCAUCCAGUUCUAUGAGUCAUUUCCACGGGAGCUGCUGUCGGAGCGGCAGAGUAUCCGACUGGGUUUACUCAGCGUGGUGGACCGGCGGCCGAUCACCAACCGCAGCCUCCAGGUGAAGAAGAGCAUCUGCGUCCUCUCCCAUUGGCCUUUCUUCACCGUCUUCCAGAAGUUUCUGACAUUCAUCUACAGAUACUCCAUAUCUGGACCCCACGUCCUCCCUCUCGAGAAACACAUCUCCAGCUUCAUGCACAACGUGCCAUUCCCUUCUCCUCAACGACCUCGAAUCCUUGUCCAGUUGUCUCCAUAUGACAACCUGCUGCUGUGUCAGCCGGUCUCCUCUCCACUCCCACUCAGUGGAGCGAGUUUCCUGAAGCUGCUGCAGAACCUCGGUCCAGAAAACGCCUGCACGUUGCUGCUCGCCGUCCUCACCGAACACAAGCUGCUGCUGCACUCGCUGCGACCCGACGUCCUCACCUCUGUCAGCGAGGCCCUCGUCUCUAUGAGUUUCCCUCUACGGUGGCUCUGUCCGUACAUCCCUCUGUGUCCACUGCAGAUGGCUGACGUGCUGCUGGCGCCGAUGCCCUUCAUCGUAGGCGUCCACUCGAGUUACUUCGACCUGUAUGACCCCCCUGCUGACGUGGUGUGUGUCGACCUGGACACCAACACCAUCUUCCAGUCAGACGAUAAGAAGCCGUUGUCAUGGCGAUCGCUACCCAGGAAGCAUAGCAAGACAUUGUUCAACACCCUCACCAACCUCUACAAAACCCUGGAGAAAAUUUGCACUCCCGGCCAGGAGGAGGCGACAUUGGAGUUCCUCCUGACUGACUAUGAUCAGAUCUACAGGCGUCAAAAGCAGCUAGAGCUGGAAAUCCAGGAGGCCUUUCUGCGCUUCAUGAGCUGCCUGCUGCGAGGAUACAGAGCAUUUCUUCUGCCCAUCACACAGGCACCAUCCGAUACCGCCACCGACUGCAGCUCCCUCUUCAACCUGCAGGGUUUCCUGAAAUCUCGGGAUCGGACGCAGCAGAAGUUCUACACUCAGCUGAGCAGAACGCAGAUGUUCACUCAGUUCAUCGAGGAGUGCUCCUUCGUCAGCGACCGCCACGCUUGCCUUGAGUUCUUUGACGAGUGUGUCCAGAAGGUGGACGUAGAGAAGCCAGACGAGGUGAGACUCAUCGAUCUAGAUGAGACUCACAGUGGAGAACACACUGUCUUCAUUAUGCCUCCAGAGGAACCACAGGAACCUGAUGGAUCAGAGUGUCCUGCACUUUACAGUUAUGAGACAUUUCCGUCUCUGAGGACAGAGCUUUUUGAUCAGCCUCAGGAUCAGCUCCGGGUACCGACUAAAGGCAGCGCUCCCAGUAGCCCUGCCCCUCGACGCACUAAACAGGAGAUAAAGUUGGCCCAGAAGCGAGCUCAGAAGUACUCUACUGUCCCUGACAUGUGGUCCAAGUGUCUGCUGGGACAUUGUUACGGCCUCUGGUUCAUCUACCUGCCCACCUUCGUCAAGGCUGAGACCGCCAAGGUCCGCGCUCUGCACACGGCGUAUGACGUCCUCAAACACAUGGAGAACCGCAAAGUGGUGCUGCCGGACGAGGUGUGUUACCGUAUCCUGAUGCAGCUGUGUGGUCAGUACGGUCAGCCGGUCCUCGCUGUCCGAGUCCUUCUGGAAAUGAAGAAGGCUGGAAUCACACCCAACACUAUCACAUACGGAUACUACAACAAGGCUGUACUGGAGAGUAAGUGGCCUUCUACCAAUCAGGGAGGUCGACUCCGCUGGGCAAAACUGAGGAACGUCCUACUGGCAGUCGCUCAGUUCAGACAGCCAAUCAGACAGCGGCAGAAGAGCGGCUCAGUGGGGUCACGAGGAGAAGCACUGUUGGAUCCUGAUCAAAGGCUCCGUACCCACUCCACUCUGAUUCGUCAGUCCAGUUGGAGCGGUCUGAGUGAAAGCUCCAGUCACGAAUCUCUGACCGGUUCCCUGGUGAAGAGCAACAGCCUGAACAGCAUGAAGACGACUGACAAGGUCAGACUGUGUAAGAAGACCCUCCUCCAGAGCGCUGGGACCAACGGCUGCACUGACACUGUCUCUCGCAAACCUCCUCUGGGACGCAGAGACACCUCUACCCCCCCUCUGGCGCCCCCUGGUGGUGGUGUUUUGGUUCAGCGGAGCCAGGUCUGUCUGUCCACCUUCUACAAAGAGUGUGCAGAGUCGGCGGACUCAGAGCCGGACUGCAGCUGUCAGCCUGCAGAGAGAGACGGACGACCUGCAGGACCACGUGACACCAUCGGGCGAAAUAAAGGUGUGGACGAGAACUACAACAACGUGUCUUCUCCCAGUCGAGGAGGUCUGGCAGGAAAACUUCAGCAGCUGCUCACUCCAACCAGACAUCGGGUGUCAGUCCGACGAGCCGCCAGUGUGGAUGACCGACGACCAGGUGGAGGAGGAGGAGGAGGAGGAGGGGGGAUAGGACGAAGAGUGUCUGACCAGAGACAGUCCAGGAAAUCUCAAGUGGCUGAAACGCUGCUGAAAGCCAAAGACAGGCUGGUCAACGCUACGUCAGAGAGUUCGUUGUCUGUAGGAAGUGACCUGGACUUGACAGACGUACCUAGUCCAGCCUAUCCACUGCGCCGCUCCUGGGAUGCCAAUCAGGAGGGGGCGGGGCUUGAGGUGCUGAUGUCCAGCUGCUCUCUAUGUCGCAGCUGUAACUCAUUAGUUUACGAUGAAGAGAUCAUGGCCGGAUGGACGUCAGACGACUCCAAUCUGAACUCGUCCUGUCCAUUUUGCUCCGCCUCUUUCGUGCCCUUUCUGAACGCUGAGAUCUGUGACCCCGGACCUGUCAGCAGUAUGGAGCGCAGUAACUGGAACAUGGAGGAUGAGGUGGAGAAUGCAGUGAGGCCCCCCAGUGGUCAGGAGGCCCCACAGCGACACCAGUGUAACGGACUGAGUGAGGACUCCAGUUCAGAAACCAGCAGCUACUCAGAGACCAGCAGGACCACCACGGGCUCGUCAGUGGGCGGGGCUCCUCAGGUGGCCGUGGCCUAUCUUAGUCCACUGGUCCUGAGGAAGGAGCUGGAGAGUCUGCUGGAGAACGAGGGUGAGGCGGUCCUGGCUCAGCCUCAGUUUCUGGACAGUCACUCCAUCAUCUUUUGGAACCUGGUCUGGUACUUCCAGAGGCUCGGUCUGCCCAGUAACCUACUGCAACUGGUCCGAGCCUCAGCACUGGUCAGCCAGUUCACACAGUCUGAAAAUUCGGCUGUGAGGGUCAGGCUCCUCUGGGACACUCUGACCCCCGACACAGACCAGUGGCCCCCCCUCUACAUCCUCUGGAGGAUCCACAGUGGCGUCCCCAUGCGCAAUUACAGCUGGAGGCGACACAACCACCCCUUCACCCUGUCCUUCCUGGAGGAGGUCCUGCGAUGGGUCGGCAUGAACGAGGUGCAUAAGGCCGUCACGCUUUUCCUGGACACUCUGUCCAAACAGCCGGGUUCGCCCAGAAUACAGAGGAGUUUGUACAGAGAGUUCCUCUUCCUCACCUUGGCAGCUAUGGGAAAAGACCACGUCGCUGCAUUCGAUAAGAAGUACAAGGCGGCGUACACUCGUCUCAGUGGCACCCUGGGUCGUGAUGAGCUCCGCAAGAAGCGAGCUCAGCCUCCGAGCCCCAAAGCUGUGGACUGUAGGCGGAGCUUCCACCCGCCGCUCGAGUGCUGAUCGAUCCGGUUAACGGGAAGGCUUGCAUCCCGAAGACGAAACCCCCGGAGUCCUGCUGCCUUCACCUGCUCGUGUUGUCCACCUCUAUGCUGCCUCCUGCUGGACGCUGGAGUCCCCCGUAGCUCCGUCUGCCUCUUUGCUGUGCAUCGGCCGCUCUUCGUCUACAUCCAGUCCAGUGAAGCUUCUCCAAGAAAGAGGUGUCACGUACCGAGCCACGACCUAUGCAGCAGGAUGUAACAGAGAGCAAACGGUUCGAAGCGGUUGGUUGUGUUUGUGCAUGUGAAGCUGGAUCUGAUGUGUCUGUGAAAACAUUUUAUUUGUCCCCUUUUUUAAAAAAACAGACGUUUCAGAGACGGAUGUGACAGAUUUUAUAAGAUGAAAGUCAGCUGCAAAUAAAAAUGUCCAAGGAACCUGACCCAACAUGAAGCUCCAAACUCCCCAGAAGCAGCUGUUUGAUGUGAAGCAUGAACAAGGCUGUGUUUAGGUUUUAAAAAGGGAAUAAAAGAGGAAAUUGAAAAAACGUCAAUGUUCCGGCAUUCUAGUAUUUUAGAGAAUGCAACAAACAGGAAGCAGAGACUUUAAAAUCCCUGAAACCUGAUUGUUGUGGAUUUCUGUGAUUCCUCUGGAACAUUUAACUGGAAAACCAUAAGAUGUCAGAAAAUGGUGGAAUUGUGGGAUUAUAUUAAAGUGAGAAAACAGUGAAACAAGGAUUCAAACCACUCCAAACCAGACCCAAAAAGAAGGUCUCCUGUUUAAUGUGAAUCUUGGAAAGGUUUCGCCGAAAAGGGAACGAAAUCAGAGUUCAUCUAACACCUGAGGAAAUGAGAAGCUCCGUGAAGUAUUUUGUUGUGAAUCACUUUUCGUAUUAAACAACCAGCUCGAUUUAAGAUGGGAACCCUUUUCACAGCGGCUCGUCUAUGUUUUGGAUCUGAAAAAUCUGACCGCCGAACUGAAAAGACGCCGUGAUAAUCCUCGAUGGCUGUACAGGAUCUUCCAGAACGCUGAAAGAUUUGGAGAAACACUGAGUUCACCUCCCUCUGAUUCAUCAACAUGUCCGACUGCGUUUCAGACGAGAACUGAAAUGGACUGAAAGGACUCGGCUGUUGUCUGAUGAAAACCAGAGCCUGAAAUCCUCUCCAGGUCUCUGUUUCUAUUCCAUCUCCUAAAGCUUCUUCCCAGAUGUUUUGGAUCCUCAAAAAUUAAGCGGCAUCCCCUCCAGCAGAUGCUAAAGCUAGCCACUGAGCAGGUUCACCAAAGAGCGACUUUAUUCACGUCUAAGAUUAAAACUGGAAGAGUUUUUAUAACGGAUGGGAUGGGAGGAAUCUUAAAUAACCCUCACAGAUAAAACAUAAAAGCUUUUAGUAGCCGGUGACGUCGUACCUUCUGAUUCAUGUGUUAACUCAUUAAUAUGUCCAUUUCAACCCAGUGGAUCGUCACAUUAUUACAUCAGCUGUUGCCCUCUGUGUAAUGAUGUAAACUCUGUAUUAUAACAAAGUGUAGAUAAAGUUAUUUAUGACUUCUAAAACCCCGCAGAGUUGGUGUAAUAACGUGAUUCUGACACGAACAAGAUGUGGGUUUCUACAUUGACCAGCUGAUACGACGCGCUCAGACGCUAAAUAGCUGCAUAUGUCUCUGUUUACAGAAGAAAAUGUGAAGGAAAUACAGGAGGGAUUAAUAGACACUUAAACAUAACAUGUCAGUUUUCAGCUCAGAGUGUGGUUUGAGAUGAGUUGAGGUAGAAAUCCAGCUCAGUAUUUCUUCUGGUCUGAAAGAUCUAUAAUCUGUCUUCUACAGUUACAAUAACAGCCGCACUCAAUUAUUCUGUGAUGCUGUUUCCUUGUGUAAUAGGUUAAUUUAUUUUAGGUCCAGAUUUUUGGGGAUAACAAGUCAGUUUAUGUUAAGAAUCGAACUGAUCUGAAUCUUGUCUCUCACAGAAGGACAAUGCAGUCUCUAUUUAUGUUAAAUCUUGACUGAAGUCUGAUGCAUCGAUCAAUGAUUGUUGCUCCUUGAUCUGACAUUUUUAGCUUCAUCUAGUUGCUAAAGUGUCAUCUAUGCACACUGACAUGGCACUGCUGAUCACCGAUAAACAUUACUAAAUAAUAACAUGGAAUAAAUGUUUGUUUUUUCAUUAUCAUGGGUUGAUAAACUGUCAUAUAGAGAAAAUAACAAGGCGUGUUUGUUGAAAAUGAUCAGAUAAAUUUACCUGUUAUCACGAGGAAACAGACUUUUAUUAUUAUUAUCCCUUAUCAUAAUUAUUCCUUAUUAAUUAUCUUAUUGCAAAGGGAUUUGGUAACAAGAAGUUUUUACUGUUUCAUGAUAAAGAUAUGUAUUUUGGGUUGCAAUAUAAUGGUAUUAAAAAUAAAUCCAUACAUAUUUACUUGACAAAAUGUAGCAGCUGUCAGUUUAUUAGUUGUGACUGACAGUUUUGCUCACCAUCAAAAGAUCUGAUUAGAAAAUUACCAUUUGCGGUUUUUCUCACCACCUGGCCUCUGGAAUCCCAUGUUUGUAGUAUUUUAAUCAUCAGUCAGUAAUUGUCAGAAUGUUCAACACUGAAAAUAAGGAAUAACCUGAAGUGGAUUUGCAAAGACGGUUAAAUCUCCAUGGUCAUUUUGAUAGAAUACUGUGUAAAUAAACGGUCCUCAUGUGAAUAAAUAAACCUAAGAUCUAAGACCCAGACCAGUAGAUAAUCCUCGUCUCAAACCCACCGGAGCAGAGGCCGACUGGUUGUGUUUGAGGUUCCUGUGGAGCAUGCCCAGUUUGUCUUGAUCGGACACCUGAUGUUCACCUCUCUGUCUGUUUUGUUGUUUGUCUUUUUGACUGGAACACGUUCAGUAAGUCAGCUGACCUAAACAUGUUGCUUCAGGGCACUUCAGCAGCAGCUACCACCUGUUAGUGAGGGUUGGAAUCUGCGAACUUCCACCAUGUAGCCUCUGGUGAGAUGACCUUUGACCUUUGAACUUUGUUUUGCACUAAGACUUGUUGGUUAAUUUUGUCAAACAGACUAUGAACAUAAACACAGAAGGUAGGAAGUAGAGAAUGAGUCCUACUAGUUUUCUGAGGUUAAAUAGCUCGUCUGACAAAUUAUGAGCAAAUUUUGGGAGAGAAUCAGCUUUUUACUAGUUUUUUGUCUGUCAAAAGGAAAUAAACCACAGUAACUCAUUUUUAGGCACUUCUGGGUAAAAACAAGCCUUAAAUUUUGAUCUCCUUUUCAUCCUGCUUUGGUCUCCACCACCUCCCAAGACAUUAAUGACUUAAGAACCAAGAGUUAAUAUUAGCUUUGUACAGGCAUCAGUUGUUUGACUAAAAUAUUGCUUAUGUUUUCCUUAAAUAUGGAGCUGGACUUUGCUUAAAGCAUAAAACUACCACUAUUGAUUCACUCAAAAAUAACACUUUUCUGUUUGUCUUUCCUAAGUAGUUACAUCAAAAUGUCAUUUGGUGUCAGUAGAAAUUUGAGGUAGUGUCUAAGUCUAGCUAGUAAUUUUAUGAACAAAGCUAGCUCCAAUGUAAAAUCUAGUGGGGCUAGUUAACUUAACUAGCCAUAUUUAAAGCUAAAACAGGUUAAAACUAAACACUGACCACCUGAAAGUAAAUGGAGAACCAUGCAGUCACUUUGGGAACACCUGUGUAAUUAGGAAUACAUUGCUUAUAUAUGAUUUCAGUCUUGAGUUGGAAUCAGGGCACGGUUAGCUUCACCUAGAAUAAAAAAUUAGCACAGUUUGCACACUUAAAAUGAGUUAACAGUCCUUUGUACUUGAUUAAAAAAAAACAAUAUACAAAAUCCAUACUAAUCUGUAACUUUGGAGGUGCUUUUCAUGCAUUUUUGAACAUAAGCCCAAAUUAAGGAGUCAUUUCCCACCACUAAGCUAACAUUGCGCAAAACACACUAAUGUGACCUGACAACUUACUUUCUGACAGAACUUAAGGAUUUAUUUUUAGAAUUUGGGGCAUUAGUGCAUUAAAAUGUCAUACAUUUUAACGUCUAGUAAGCAAUUUUGUGUGUAAGAUAGCUCUCACAAAAGCUAACAUCUAGCUAGUUAGCUUAGAUCCAACAGUGAGAAAAUAAGAGAAAAAGAUGAGGAAUAAUGUUUUUUUGUUUGUUUAUUUUAUUGCAAGGUUUUCUAGUUUAUGAUGCGACAAAAACAGGAAAGACAAAAUGUUCUGCAAAAAACUUUUUCCAUAAAACUGUAAAUUGUUUUGAGAAGUGUGUUUGAUCGAUGUUGCACUUCUAAUCCAGUGCAGUUUAAGUUAUUUAAAUCCUUGGAUGCAGUUCUCUGCGAGUUUGCAUGUUCAGUUCCCGCUGCUGGUGAAGUGCCCUUUAGCAAAAUGACUCAGUGAUGUUGCGUUGUGUAUCGACUAAUUAAACUAAAUGGGAGAUGUGGACAUUUACUGUUGAAAAAUAAAGAUUUUUAUUGUUUCUUUUACUUUGACUGCAACAGAACUGAAGCUUAAGCAGGUGAAAGGCCUUUUAUUUCACAUCACAGAAAGACACACUGUAUAUUUUAAUGCACCGGACUGCAGUUCAGAGUUACAUUUAAGGACUUUAAUUUACUUUGUGUUACAGGUUGUUUUACCGGCUGAAUGACCACAGUCAGCUGAGGAGAAAAGUGUAUUUAAAAUAGUUAGAUUAUUGUGUUUGCUGUUGUAAUUUAUAUAUGGUUGUGAUUUCAGUUGUAAAUGUUUGUUUUUUAAGAAAACACAAAAAUAAAAUACAGGGAUGAGCCAGAA